AUGAGCGAAAACAACGGGCCUCCUGAUCCGGCCCGGGACGCGGUGGCGCAACUAUUGCGGAGCGCUCUGCGUCGAAAUCUGGACGUCCAGCACAACAGAGAGGUGGUUCAGGAGUACAUGGACCGGCUUCUGAAUGGAGAUGGUACGAACACAGACGCAGCGCCAGGAGACACAAAUGCAGCGACGGAGACAACAGAAGCACCAGCAUCGACAGAGGCGGCAAGCGCGACGCCAGCAGAGACUUCUUCGACUGCUCCGGGCACACAAACACCCCCUCAACCGCCUCAUCGACACAUGCCUCGUGAUCGGCCUAUCAUGUUGGUUACAUAUUCACUAGGUACAACUCAGGCGCCGCCACCCGGCACGGCUGACAACACCAUCUGGAACCUGGCGACGGAGGCAUCGCGACAGGCCCGGGAAGCCCGUGGACGUGAAGCUAGAGGCCGUGCUGCUGACGGAGGAACCGCACAAGCAUACCGAUCUCGGUCCCAAUCGCAACGAAGAGCCGGAGAUCGCACCCGGGAACGAUCCCCCAUGCGUACACGGGUCAGUGAUGGUGGAGCCGAGGCUGCCAGAGAAACGGCAGCAGCAACCACUGACUCCACCGCUGAGCCAGACGAGGCUGGUCACGUGCAUCUCAACCAAGCCGCCGGAGGCUGGUUGAGCAACCCAUUGAUCCAGCGGCUGCUGCAACGGCGGGCUGCUGGAGAGGAUGAUGCUGGAACAGAUGCGCCUCCAGACACAGCUGGUGAUGCCCCCAACAUCACAUUCAGUCCCGGAGGAAUCGACCACCGCCCUGAUGGCACUACUACGGCUACAUUCACUAUCCCUACACACAUGUUUGCCGGUGGUGUUCUAGGAGGAGGGCGACACAAGCCCAAGGCAUCACGACGGGUGAUUCGCAACCUCGAAACGCUGGAGCUGAGCGAGGUGGUGGAGCAGAACUGUCCGAUCUGCUACGAUGCAUUCGAGGAGAAGCCGCUGGGCUGGGACGCUAUUAUCGCCAAGUUGGCCGAGCAGGAGAGAAAGCAGGAGGAGGACCGACAGCAAGAGAGUCGAGGGCUGGCGUCGGAGGCCAACACAUCCAGUGCAUCUGUGUCUUCGGAUCCGUCGUUCGAUUUCAACCAAGUUAAUCCUGCGACUUCAGUACACGGUCCAGUGCUCAUUGAACUAGCUUCUCCCAGUGAAAGAGCCAUUCAGGCCGAGGCUGACGAGAUUAUACGGGCUAGAAACGAUCCUGGAGUCGAGGAAAACUUGCGCCAGGCUCUGGACGAGGCUACCAAUCAGAUUCGGUACAUUGUCGACACCCCUGAAGAUGCUGCUGCCUUCAGAGAAGCCAACCCUCAACAGCUGUGUCCUAUCAUACGUGUGGACCCGGAGGCAGGUCCACGUCAGCCGUUUGUGAUUCCCCGGAUCCCCGAGGGUCUACGGGAGGCACAUGAGGAGGUUGCUUUGCAUCGGGUACAACAGCGGGUGAUGGAACGGACUGUUGAACGGCAGUUUGAGCGUCAAACUACGGGUGGAACGACAGAGCGGACGCCGCCAGCUACUGCUGGUACCUCUUCUACGGGAUCCACGUCUGAGACAGGGGCUGAGACAGGGGCAAACGCAGAGUCAAACACAGAGACAGAGACUGAGUCGGAGGCUAACUUCCCUGAGAGUCACGUGGCAACCAAGAUGCCCUGUGGUCACAUUUUCGGCCAUCUAUGUAUCUGUGAGUGGUUGCGGUCAAACAACUCGUGCCCUCUGUGCCGAGUGACCGUUGAGUCCGAGUCCGAAUACCUGCAGGCUACCGGUCAGCCCGACGAGUCUCGGUCUGGCGGCUUCUUCGAGGUCCUCUUCAACGUACUACCUCGUGUUUUCCAGGAGAUUGAGGCAGACCGACGCCGUCACAACAAUAGCAACAAUCCCCAGGGCCCCCAGACCGCGCAGGGCGAGAUCAACGCCAGCGAUAUGUUCCGUGGAGUUCCUGCAGCAGCUAGAGCUACUGGGACAGCUGGUGUAGGUACCAUUGACGCCCGACCUCCAGUUGUCGGGCCUCAAGGGAACGUGCCUCACUUUCUGAGCCGUGGAGUUGAAGGCUGGCCGCAGUUGUUCCACGCUCACCGUGUAGAGACUGGCACUGGGCCCACACAGAAUCUGCCUCCCGUUGUAGAUGUGAUUCGGGAGUUUCAAACUAACGCCCGAAGAGCGGCUACAGAAGGAGUUGGGGGUGAGACUGGAGCUGCAGGGAGAACUGGGGCCUCUGGCACGGGAGAAGGUGCUGGCGCUGAACCCCACACUCACAACCACACCCACACACAUGCUCACGUGCACCAGCCAGUUCCUGGCAUCUACGUCUAUCAUCGUCCGUCUGACUUUUUUCGGCUACAUGGAGAUGCAGGUGAGGGUCCACGGCAAGAGGCUAACAGAGUUUCAAGCUCUGGGACUGGGAAUGUUGGAGCUGCAGGCUCUGCUUCUUCGCCUGUGGGGCAGGAGACGUUGCAGGCAAUCGGGACCGACGGUGGGGACUCCGGCGGCAGUCGCGACAGCAACGCGGGCAGUAGCACCGACAGCGGGUCUGCGAGUGCCUCCGGCUCUGGCUCUGGCUCUUCGUCUAGCGGUACUGGAGAAGGACUGCGUAGCCGACUGAUGGAGCCUAUCAUGAGGCGCAUUUUUCGGUCGCGUGAGCCUGAACGUCAUCAUCCCUACCGCCGCACCAGCGGGGGAAAUGGGGGUUCUGAGUCUGGGUCCAAUUUGGGGUCGGGGUCGGGGUCGGGGUCGGGGUCGGGGUCGGGCUCUGGAUCUGGAGUCGGAAAUUAG